GGCUCCACUCCCAAACUGCAGCUUGAGUCAGUUGUGUGGAGGUGGCAACGGCAGCAGCUCCGACUGGCACACCGGCACGGCUGGCACACCGGCACGGCUGGCACACCGGCUCCCCUUGGCACACCGACCCCAGCCCUCGCCCGGCCGCCUGCAGAGCCCAGGCCACCAACACCCAGGGUCCCACGGAGCCAUCCUGACUGGACCCAACCACCCUGCCCCAGAGGAGGUUGUGGGGUCCCUCCAACCCUCGGAGCACCCCACCCCUGUGCUGCCCCCAGGAACCUCCCUGACACCACGGGGCACCGAGCCCCGGGCAUGACGAUCACCUGCCCAGCCCCCUGACGGCACUGAAGGCAGCGGCCGCUCUCGGCCCUGAUGCCAUUCGCCCACGGGGCUGCGUGCCCCCCGGCCCGGUCGGCCGCCCCCCGUGCCCCAACUGGCAUGGGUGCCGUGCCCGAGCUGUGUCCGCAGGCCCCGCUGGCCGUGCUCUCCAAGGUGGAGUUGCGGGUCAGCUGUAAACACCUCCUGGACCGAGACACCCUCAACAAGUCAGACCCCUGCGUCCUGCUCCUGAUGCAGUCCCAGGGCCAGUGGAUGGAGGUGGAUCGCAGCGAGGUGAUCAAGAGCAACCUGAACCCCGUGUUUGCCAAGAUCUUCACGGUCGAUUACUACUUCGAGGAGGUGCAGAAGCUGCGGUUCGAGGUGUACGACAGCCACGGCCACGCCGGCGUGGGCACGCACGACGAUGACUUCCUGGGGGGCAUGGAGUGCACCGUGGGGCAGGUGAGCCCGGGGACCCCCACCCGGGGACCCCCUCCAUGGUGUCCCCUCCCCGACCCUGGGCUCUCGCAGAUCGUGGCGCAGAAACGGGUGACGAAGCCGCUGUUCCUCAAGUACGGGAAGUUCGCAGGCAAGUCCACGAUCACGAUCAUCUCUGAGGAGAUUUCAGGGAACAACGGCUACGUGGAGCUCGCCUUCCGCGCCAAGAAGCUGGAUGACAAGGACCUCUUCAGCAAGUCGGAUCCCUUCCUGGAGAUCUACCGCAUCGACGACGACCGCAGCGAGCAGCUCGUGUACCGCACUGAGGUGGUGAAGAACAACCUGAGCCCUGUCUGGGAGCCCUUCAAGGUGUCUCUCAACUCACUCUGCAGCUGUGAGGAGAAGAGGAAGCUGAGGGGUGUGGUGUGGGACUACGAUUCACGGGGCAAACACGACUUCAUCGGGGAGUUCUUCACCACCUUUGAGGAGAUGCAGAAGGCGAUGGGGGAGAACAAGGUGCAGUGGGACUGCAUGAACCCCAAGUACAAGAUCAAGAAGCGCAACUACAAGAACUCGGGGGUUGUGGUGCUGCUGGACCUGAAGAUCCACAGGGUCUACUCCUUCCUGGACUACAUCAUGGGCGGCUGCCAGAUCCACUUCACAGUCGCCAUCGACUUCACAGCCUCCAACGGGGACCCCCGAAACAGCUGCUCCCUGCACUACAUCAACCCCUACCAGCCCAACGAGUACCUCAAGGCACUGGUUGCUGUGGGUGAGAUCUGCCAGGACUAUGACAGCGAUAAGAAAUUCUCAGCUCUGGGCUUUGGUGCCAGGAUCCCCCCAAGUAUGAGGUUUCCCACGACUUCGCCAUCAACUUCAACCCUGACAACGAUGAGUGUGAGGGCAUUCAGGGUGUUGUGGAGUCCUAUCAGAGCUGCCUGCCGAAAAUCCAGCUCUACGGCCCCACCAACGUGGCUCCCAUCAUCACCAAGGUGGCUCGUGUGGCGGCCGAUGAGGAGCGGACCAAGGAAGCGUCGCAAUACUUCAUCCUGCUGAUCCUGACGGACGGGGUGGUGACAGACAUGGCAGACACGCGGGAGGCCAUUGUCCGGGCCUCCUACCUGCCCAUGUCCAUCAUCAUCGUCGGGGUAGGCAACGCCGACUUCACCGACAUGCAGAUCCUGGACGGCGACGACGGUGUCCUGCGCUCCCCCAAGGGCGAGCCCGUCCUACGCGACAUCGUCCAGUUCGUGCCCUUCCGCGAGUUCAAGAACGCGUCACCCACAGCCCUGGCGAAGUGCGUGUUGGCGGAGGUGCCCAAGCAGGUGGUGGAGUACUACAGCUACAAGGCGUUCCCCCCGCGCUGCCCCCGGCCCCCCACCCCCGACCCCAGCCUUGGCUCCCCGCAGUGAGAGACCCUCACUGCCCCCAACCCAACCUCAGUUUCCCCCAGUGAGGAACUCCCAGCCCCCACUCCACCUUCAGCUCCCCUAGUUAGAGACCCCCAGUGCCCCCAGCCCCAGCACUGGGUCGCCUCAGUAAGGGACCCCCGACCCCAGUCUUGGCUACCCCCAGUGAGGAUCCCCAGCUCCCCCCACUGUGGCACAGGGACAGACGGGGUCCCUGUGAGUCCCAGCCCUGCCACAGCCCCCUCAGCUGGGACACGGGGUAGGUCCCAGCCCCCCGGUGCUGGACACCCUCUGCACUGCUCCGGGGUCCCCAGCAGGCACUGCCCACUUCUGGAGUUCCGUGCCCUGCAGCCUGUUCCCACUCCAUCCCUACUGUCCCCUUGGUCCUCUUGGUCCCCGCUUCUCUGUCACUGUGAUGUUUGGAGGCUGCAUGACUCCCACAAUAAAGCAAGACCCCUGUGCCCAUCCUCA